AUGCAUUCUGGAAACAAGUCCGAAGAGUCCCCACGCUUGAGCGUGGACAUGGCGUUAUCCGAAUCAUACAUCCAGAGUGAUGCUACUGCCGCCAUCGCAUCAAAAACAGAUGACUUUACCAUUCUAUUAUCCAACCUCUCCCUCUCCCCCUCCCACACCCGGAGCACCACCACCCCCGAUCCCGCAUAUGCAUCACAACUCCCCCUUGAAACCUCUUCCGGUGCGAGCUCAGUCUCAGCACCCUCACCCACCAAAAAAUCACCCCACCAACACAUCCCCACCGACAGAACCACCACAGUAGCACACGGAGGCCGCCAGUUCAGCCUCAGCCCCCGGGCCCCCCUCCCUCCCGGGGCCGGAGCCGGAACUCGGAACGCCCCAACGCCGAGAGUCAAAGCCCUCCGGAAGCCAGACUCGGGGAUCCUGCUGUCGCGGUCUGGGCGGCUGUACUGCGGCGGUGCGGAAGAAUAUGGAGAUGGAGCUACGUCUGUGGGUGACUCGAUGGCUGCGGGGUCGGUGUCGGUGUCGGACUAUGCGGGGAUGGGGGUGGGUCAGAUGGGCGGCGGCGGUGUGGGCGGGUGGUGCAGGGAUGUGGUGGGGAGGGAGAUGAUGGCGGCGGAGAGGGUUGGGUGGCAGCGGGGGGUGCGGCAGGGGCCGCCGGCGGGAGGGGGCUGCGGAGUGUGA